UUGUACCAUCAAACAAAGAUAAUAGGUUACAGCGAAUGCAGUUAAUGCAGUGAAAUUUGGCUUUUAGGAUGAACAAAAACUACAUAAUGCUGUCUACGGCGAAGACCCGUUCAGUGGUAAGGUUAAUGAUAUCACCAUCGCAGGGGGAGGGGAAUGUGAACUGAAGGGCCUGUGGGAUAUACCUUUACACCUGGACAGAAAGUUGCGUCAAACCAGGAGCCUUUUUCCGAACAACGCACGAAGUUAUCCUUAUGCGAUGGGUUGUUCUUCUGUUAGAUAACAGCCUGAAGCCGAGCGACCAAGUUUGGUGCCGUUUUGUGACAGUAUCGAAGAGAUUUUCCGUGUGCGGUAAAACCAUGAACAAGUAUACUUUGAUAGCGGCGCUGUUCUACAACCAUUUCACUGCAGAGCUGCUUGCCAUCCAGGUGACGGUUCCUUACAACCAGAGAAGUACAAUGCUGUUUGCCUCCGUCAUCCUACGUUGUGAUUACUCUACUUCAGCUAAUCUGCAAGAGGUUCUGGUUACAUGGCGCUACAAAUCCUUCUGCUUGGACCCAGUGUUGCAGUAUUACACAACAGUCUACCAGGCUGCUCUGACUCUGGGCCAGAACCCGGCCAACGACUGCCCAGACCGCCAGCGCACCAUUCGCACGGUCAUCCAGAAGAACGGCAACAAAGAGCCCAUUCUGGGGGCUGAGUAUCGUGAACGCAAGAUCACCAUCCUAAACAAGGCCGACCUGGUCAUCACCGAGGUCAUGUGGUGGGAUAAUGGUGUGUAUUUCUGCUCAAUUGAUGUGGCUGGAGACACCAUCGGAGACUCUGAUCAGGAAGUCGAACUAAUUGUGUACAAUUGGCUGACGGUGUUGUUGAUCAUCAUCGGGGGUUUGCUGUUGAUCAUACUCCUGGGUGUCUGCUGCUGCCAGUGCUGCCCUCAGAGAUGCUGCUGCUACGUCCGCUGCCCCUGCUGUCCAAAGGUGUGCUGCUGUCCAGAGAAAGAUGUGAUGCAGCACAGGAUGUUGCGUAAUGCUCAGAAAGCCAUGGCUCCUUGGGUCUUCGCCAGCCCUUUUAUCCCAACAAUGACUUCCAGAACAUCCUCUCAGGCACACCCUCUGCUCUACUCCGGCUCCUUCUCUGAGUUUCCUUCUAAAAACAACAUUCCAAUGGGACCAAUGGCUGUUCCCUCCCCCCAGCCCAUCCCACCUAUGGCAUUUCCCCACGAUGUCCAAUCCACCAUGCUUGAGAGUGUGCAUGGUAGUGAACGUGGCACCAACCCGAUGCUGGACUUCCUGGAGAGACAGGUGAGGGCGAUGGAUGUGGGAGCCUCACUUGUCUCCCCGUUGGCUCAGUACCCGGGGGUACCGCUUCAUGCUCUGCAUCCUCAGCUGCACCCCCCCCCAGUCCAGCCUGAGCAGCCCAUACAGCCCCUAUCGCGGGACAGUGUCCUUCACUCGGGUCCGCGCAUGCUCUCAGCCCUGGAGGAGAUGGGCGUCCACGGGGUGGAGCGCAGGGUCAUUCGGCUGCCUCCAAUCGUGAGCCGGGCCCAAGCCUGUCCUCCCGCAGGGCACCGAGGGAUGCACCGCGGGGGGAACCGCCUCUCCAGCCACUCCAGCGGCAGUUCGAACCGCCUGAGCGGGCGGCCGGAACGGACUGACUCUCGGCGGGACCCCGACUCGCCACAUGGGCGAGGGAUCCUGCGUGGCUACAGAGAGCGCUCUCGUACACGCAUGCGCAGAAAAGGCGAGCUCGUAGCGGAGCAAGAGCUGGGGUGUGCUCGCCAGGACAGGAGUUACUUCCCCAGUCCUCGCCAGGCCUCCUGGAGCUCCGAGGAGGAGAAUGGUCACAAAGGAGCUGUGAGAUCACGAGACAGAGCCUGGACUGAAAAACCUCCGAGCUACUCCUCCAUCGAGAUCCAGCCUGGACACAGGGGAAGGACCAACGGACGCUACUCGGAUAAGAGCUCUCGCAGUGGCGUCAGUGUGGUGAUUUGAAGCCUCAUCCUGCCUUGUCCUGUAUUUUCACCCGCGCUAGUGACUGUCUAAAUUAGCAUGUUUACUUAAGGUAGGAGGGAGUGGUGCUAGGACUUCCUUUAGAAAUUACAGCAUUGUCCAAGGCUGGACAGCACUAAAAGAAGGUUGAAUGAUCAAUAUAAUACUCUUUUAUGCUUCUUGUCCUUUUUAAUUUAUAGAUUUUUAAACAUUUACAAAUCUUUUAAAUACAUUUUAUAUAGUUUUAAACAUGUAUUUUUGUAUUGAGUUUUUGUUUGUAUACCUUUUGAAGUGCUGUGAAGUUAGGCACAUGAGUGCUCGGAAGUUAUACAGUUCUUCAGCUAAGGUUUUAUACUUAUUCUUAAGCAGUUUUGUCUUGGCAAGUUGUGAUUCAAUGUAUAUUCUGAGAAUCUUGUUUUUUGUUAAGUGAAUGGUGGUGGGUUUUUUGUAUGUCUUAUUAUGCAUGAUAUGAAGGAAGAUUUGUACCCAUAUCCUUACACUUAUUCAUUAGGUUUAUUCUUGAAAUGUCCUUCAAAAGCAGUGGCCAGAUAAUCCUUAUUUUCGAUACUAAUCAGUUAGAAAACAGGAAAUGGCCCUUUUUAACAACCCUCCAUCUUUUCCACAUCUUUAAAUUCAGUUUGUGUGGUGCUGUCUGUUGUCUUUCUGUCAUUACUGAAGUGGAAAUGAUAUUCCCUGUGCAUAAAUAUUUGUCCAGGCUGAAAAGGGAGGUUGUGUGUGUGUGUGUGUGUGUGUGUGUGUGUGUGUGUGUGUGCGCGUGCGCGCGCGCGCGCACCAGCCAGCAAAAGAAGGAGCUUAUGUCAGUGAGAAAUGGCAUUGGAGCAUUGUAUUUAGAAGGCAUUCAGAUCUGUGCAUGAGAGUUUGUGGCCAACAUUUAGCCAAAAAUACUGCAUACUAGUACUAAUAUGCCUGAGAACAUGUCCUCAGUUUAUUCUCUAUGGGCAUCAAUAGCCUGUAUGGAGCUGAAUUGGAAUCUAAUUUGGAUUUUCACUAGUGAUAACGUCAAAUGCUAAUGAAGAUCGAAAUGCAUACCAGAAUUCAAUUCACUUUGCACGUUUUUGCUGGACUUAAACACGCAUUAAUUUUGUCUGUGACACUAAGUUUACUUCGUGUUUUAAAUUACAAUCAGUGUUUUAGUAAUUGUUGAAUCAGCUUGUGACUGCAUAUUGGCCUAAAAUUAAGAAAUGUUUUAUUUGGUAGUUUACAAUGCAUACCUUUUGACAACAUGAGCACUAAUUAUGAAAAAAUACGAGUAUUGUCUUUCUUUUGAUUAACAUUUUUACACCUUUUGCUGAAGCAACAUUGUUAGCUGCAUACCUGUGGCAUAAGUUUAAAAG